AUGGUCGGCUUUAUCCGCCUUACCGCAUUGGGAGCCCGACGCUGGGAGGCCGGCGCCGUCAAAUACGCCACCGAUGGCCUCUGUACUUCAAUAUUCCUCAACUCUGUCAACAUCGUUAAAUACUUAAUUAUGGCGAAUAUUCUGGCUUCCUGUAAGCAGACGCGGUUUCAUCUGCUAGAUGAAAAUCCUUCAGCCGAGAUUGACGUGGAGGGACUCGGGAUUGUAGUCACCUCGGCUGCGUCCGAAGAUGACGCCAAAUCCAAAGCCAAAGGGAAAUCUAAGGCUAAGACUGCCGGACGAGAGCUCAUCUCAGAUGGCCACCUUCGAUUGAAGGGAGGAAUUCAUUAUGGCUUACUAGGACGCAACGGGACUGGAAAGUCUACUUUACUCAGGGCGAUGGCAGAAAAGCUCAUCCCUGGUAUAUCCCAUGCUACUCGUGUUGCCAUCCUGCAGCAGACAGACGAGGACGGACCUGGUGGUAAUGCCUCACUGAGACUUGAAAAGUCUGUCCUCGAAUCAGUUCUUAGCAGCGAUGAAGCCAGGAAUGAAGUUCGUCGUACGGCAGACUUCCUUUCGAAAAGCUUCGAGACGGAGAACCCACUGGAACCUGUCAUGGCUAUUCGCAAGAUCAGAUGCCAACAUGCCGAGAAGAUGCUCUUCCUAGCUCACAAAAAUGCCAACUUGAAAAGCGGCGCCAGGGGUCUUCAGGCCAGAAAAGAUCUCAAAGUGGCCGAAGCAAAGCUGGAAUCCACACGGGAAAUGGUUGCCCAAGAGCCAGACUCAAUUGAUGCAGGCGCGAUCCAGACGGAUACUCAAGAGGCUGUCGAAACCCUACAGACCCUACAAUCCCAGCUCGAGGAGAUGAAUCACGCCGAUAUGAAAAAAGAGGCCCGUCGCAUUCUCCUCGGACUCGGCUUCAAAGAAGAUGCAUUCAAUAAAAAGGUAUCGACACUCUCAGGCGGCUGGCGAAUGCGGUGUAUGCUCGCCAGCACUCUGGUUCAGAAGCCCGACAUCAUGAUCCUCGACGAACCUACCAACUUCCUCGAUCUAUUAGGAGUAGUGUGGCUUGAGAACUACCUCAAACAGCAACGCGAAGAUUCCGAAACUACCAUCGUGCUUGUCUCCCACGACCGAGACUUCAUCAACGCCGUCUGUGAAGAGAUCGUCAUCCUCCGAGACCAGAAACUGAACUAUUUCCGCGGGAAUCUCGCUGCCUACGAACAAGACUUCGAAGAGCAGAAGCUGUACCUGGGACGCAUGAAAGAAGCACAGGAGCGGCAGACUGCGCAUAUGGAAGCUAGUAUCCAGCAAAACCUGAAGAUUGGCAAGAAGACCAAUGACGACAAUAAGCUGCGACAAGCGAAAUCUCGGCAGAAAAGAGUCGAUGAUCGGAUGGGUCUGCAGGUUAGUGCGAACGGAGGUAGAUUCAAACUAAACCGGGAUCUUGUCGGUUACCAUUUUACCUGUCGGGCGGAGAUUGAAGUCCCGACGGAUGAAAGGGGUGCGACGAUGAGUUUGCCCGAUGCCACAGAGCUGCGCUUUCCGGGGCCACUUGUUUCUUUGGAGGCUGUUACAUUCCAAUACAAGAAGAAUGACCGGGCGGUUCUGGACGACAUCAAUCUGGUGGUUCAUAUUGGUGAUCGAGUCGGUAUCAUGGGCUUGAAUGGAUCUGGCAAGACUACGCUCAUUCGUGUCUUGAAUGGACAAAUCCCGCCAUCGAAGGGCAAGGUGUCGACUCACUCGCGACUAAAAGUUGGCUACUAUGGUCAACAUUCGGUUGAAGAGCUCCAAGAGCGUGGCCGAAUGGAGCCUGGUCUGACUGCCCUAGGACUAUUGCUGGCUGAAUCUGACGGGACGCUAAAUGAAGGCGAAGUGCGAGGCCUAUUAUCAUCCAUGGGUCUGCAAGGGCGCAUCGCAUCGGACGUUCCAGUAGGCAAGUUAUCAGGAGGACAACUAGUUCGCUUGGCACUGGCACGAAUCGUGUGGAGCGCCCCUCAACUGUUGAUUCUGGAUGAGAUCACCACUCAUCUGGAUUUCCACACGGUGACUGCGCUCGCGACGGCCCUCUCUUCAUUCAACGGCGCCAUUAUCCUCGUCUCACACGACCGAUUCCUCGUUCGAUCAGUAAUCGAAGGCAAGCGAGAUACAGAUCAUAAAUUGGAUGAGGACUUUGAGGGGUUAGAACAGGAACAGGAGGAAACAAAUAGUCGUCGCCGGUCUGUAUAUGUGCUCAAGGCGGGCCAGUUGAAUGAGCAGACGAAAGGGGUGCAGCAGUUUGAGCAGAGUUUGGUGAAACGGGUGCAGAAGAUGCUAGCCAUAUAG